AUGAACCAGCCUCGGAACAAGAAAGCCGAGGACCUCGCAGGCCCUGGUCCAGUGGCUUCAGAGGCAGGGGGCGAGGCGGCCGCGACCUCUUUCUGGCUGGUGGUGCUGGUGAACGAGAUCCUCUUGGGCGGCCUGGUGGUGUGUUACGUCUACGGCUCGUGGGACAGCCCUGGUUCCGCCCUCGAGCUCAUGAUCUGCACGGUGGACACCGACAUUUACGAGGAGGGUUAUGGGUGCGCUGGCAGUGACAUCAUCGCCGUGCGGUAUGCCAGUGAGCGCGCUACGGACCCAGCUUGUAUACAGGCGGCCAACUCAUAUCGUUUCUGGCGAGACCUGACGGCUGCGGAAAUGCUGGCGAUCGAUCAGACGGCGAUGGACUACUGCACGACCGCCCUGGCUGCAGACCAUCGGCGAUUCCGCCUGCCUGCUCCUGCUGGGCCGUUUCUGAUACCGCUGACCUUCGGCCCAGCCCGCGGUGCGGCCCCUGGCGCCGGCGCGGUGGUCGAUGCUGGGCCUGCAGCAGUUCCGCUGGCCGCCGCCCUGGGCGCCGCCGCCGUGGGCCCCGUCGCCGUGUGGGUGCUCAUCGAGUCCACGACAGCUGGGCCCUGUGGGACGGUGGUGGCCCCCCCGGCCAGCUCGGAGCUGAAAGGGUCGGUGGGCCUCAUGCCGCUGGGCGAAGGCUCGUGGGUGGCGAUCCGCUCGAUCUCGGGAUCGGCUCAGGAAUAUGCAGGUCGCGAUGCCGCCUCUGACGCUCGGCUGGUGGACAUCCUGGCGAAUCCCGCUGUGCUUGGAGGUCGGUUGCUGCGGCAGUGGCGCGACGCGGUGGCGAGCUUCACCGAGGAGGCGUUCGUAGAUUGGCAUAUCCCAGGGCCGAGAACAUGUCUGUGGUGCUGCAAGUACAUCGACAGGCGCCAGGGCGGCCCGCUAGAUCACUUUCGGUUCUGGAAGUCGACCCUGGGCCUGUCGGCAGACGACUACGGUGUGAACGACUACGAGGCUGGUAUGCGGGCUCUCUGCACUAUGGCUUGCUGGGAUGCUGUCGACUUGCCCAGUAUAGCUGGUUCCGAGCAGAUUCUUCGCAAGUGCCAGAUGUAUGAGUACGUUUACGUGAUGGACCGAGACCCUCACCACAGCUCUAGCAGUGCUGGAGACGGCGGCGGCGAGGGCGACGACAGGUGCAUUCAGAUGCACAUGGUGUCCAGUGCGCGCGCUCGGUGGUUCGUCGUGUCCAUCGGUGCGGUCAAGCUGAGUGGAUUGACUGGCUCAGGGGGCCUUGAGGAUCUCCGAGUUCUCAGCGGCCUCGCCGGCGAGAGUGCCGCGGUCGCCCCGAUCGACUUUGACAAGGUCAACGGCCUCUCGCUCGCUGCUGAAGGUUUCAAGCCCGUGCCGCUUGACUCGCUGGGUGGAGGUCGCGGCCGCCAGAUAGUUGGGCGGCCUCGUGACAUGAUGUUGUCCCAGUCUGAGGGUCGGGCUCGGAUCGAGUCUGAGGGCCCUCGGAAUCUGCGCACUGACCCGGCGCUCAGGAACCCCGAGCUGCAUGUCCAGCUCCCGCGGGUCCUGGAGCGUCGGAACCUCGCCGACUUCUGCGCUGCCAAAGCUUGCAGCGUGGGUGUGUUCUUCGGUUUUAUCCUUAGAAAGUUGCGGCUCAUCCUGGACGGCCGGCACGCCUCUCGGCAUUUCCAGGCCCCGACAAGGCGGCCCUCGCGUCGGGGGCGAGCUUGCGGGAAGCCCCGGGAAGCUAAUCGCGGUUGCCGAGGUGACCUGGCCGACGCCUUCGACGCGAUGCUGCUGCCGCCGGCUCUCCGACGGUGUUUCGCGCUGCCUGGAAUCCGGGCGGGCCAGCCGGGGCUCGACUGCGCCGCGGGCGGCCGACAGAUCGGCGGGUCGGACGUGGUCUACCCGCGCUUCAGGUGCCUGCCCAUGGGCUGCUCGUUUUUCCUCUGGAUCUGUCAGGCGAUGCUGGGGGCGACGGCCUUGCAGGUGACGGACGACGUGGUCCACGCCGAGUACGUGGACAACGCGCUCAGCCUGUCGACCAGCCCCGAGAUGGCCCGCGCGGCCGCCGCGGCCGUGGGCGCCCAGCUCCACGCGGCGGGUCUUCCGACCCGCGGAGUCGAAUGCAGCUUCGGGGACUCGGCGCCGGGCUGGCAGUUCGACGAGCUGUUCCCUAUCAUCGGCCUGAACCCAGCGCCGAGGUGGAAGCUGAGGCUCGCCUUCCUGGAGCUGCGCCGGAGGGGCUUCGACUCUGAAGUCGCUCUCAGCCUGUCUAGAUACAACGAGAGGUGGAGGUUCAAUGCAGAGCAGGAGGUUGAGGUGUCGCACCGAGCGCACGCUCUGAAGUCUGCGAAGUCUGCCGCCCCCAUCAUGCCGGGGUCGGACCCUGGCCUGCACUACGCCCCCAGGAAGCUUCAGGAGGUGGAGGAGGUGGGCUUCUGGACCUGGACAGGGGCGGUCGUCGCGGCGGGAGAUGAGCCGAGUGUGCCAGAGCGGAACUCCGCAGACCGCGAUUCCAGGAACUUGCCGGGCUUGGGCUACGCUUCGACGGCAGCAGGGGCGAGCUGCUCAGACGCCGGCGGCGCCGGCUGCAGCCUCUCGGCCAGCGGGGGGGGGCCUCCUGGCGAGGGGCCAGUGACCCUCGGCCCCCCGCCCGGCCGCGCCGUCGAGCUUGGUCAGGGGUCGAUCUUGGAGCUGAAAGCGGUUGGGGACAAGACUGCAGUGGACUAUCAGGUCCGAUACCACGCCUUCUUGAGCUGGGCUUCGGCUGCGAGGCUGCCGGCGACCGCUGACCCGGACUUGGAGGAGGCGCCCCUGGUGCACUUCGACCAGCUGUUCUUCGGCGGACACGACUUGCAGGACGGGUCGAAGCAGGUGGCGGCGAUGGCUCACUCCAGGCUGAACCUGACACCCAAGCUGGGCAACCUGCCGCGGGCCAAGCGGGCGCUGAAGGGCCGGGAGGCCCUUGUGCCUCCCCGGGCGCGGCUGCCCCUGCCAUGGCCGGCGGCGGCGUGGAUGGCGACCUGGAUGACGACGAACGGCUUCGCGGCGGCCGCCCUGGCUACUGCGUUGACGUGCGUCCUCUAUCUGUGGCCCGGGCCGAAGGCCAAGGAUUGCGGCAUCAGCCUGCUGCUGGACAACCCGGAGAUCAACUGGGCGGACCAGAUGCUGGACCUCCUCGUCGAAGGGCGGGGCGCCGAGCUCCCGCCGUUCGCCCUGGACACGAGGAGCCGGGUCCGGAUCUCCCCCACCGUGCUCCACCAGUUGCGCCACGGGGGGGCCGGCCGCGAGGCGCGGGCGAGCGCCCGCGAGUUCGGGGGCAUCAAGAAGCGAGGCCGCUGGUCGCGGGCACCGCGGCGCGUUCUCGCCUCGCGCGGGGCGCCCCGCGCCUUCGAGCUCGACGUGCGCCGCGAGCCCGCCCUGGGAGUGGCGCUGUCGCGCAUCGGCGGCGACACGGGCACGGACGAGGGGGAGAGGCGCACGCAGCUGAUCUGGCAGAACUUCCGCGUGAAGAACUGCACUUCGGCACACGCGGUCAUUCUGGGGAGCGAUCACCCGGAGUUUAUCGAGGGCAAGGAGGCAGCAGCAUUGAACAGCCAGGAGCUCUUCGAGAACGAGCUCUACCAGGCCGGCAUCGCUGGGGUCGCGCUCGACCGGCUCUGCACGCUGCACUCCCAUUACUUCGGCGGGGGCUUCGAGAAGAUAGUGGGCAAGAAGUUGCGGCAGUUUGUCAAGGAGAAGUUCGACUUCGACGACAAGACCGGCCGGGCCAAAGCCCCCACGAAGGCCCACCGCGCGGCGGGCGGCUGGCUGCUGCAGAGCAUCCCGAGGCUGAGUACCCAGGAGCGCCAGAUGCUUGCUGAGCUCGAAGAGAUGCCCACCUUCCCCGACGGCGAGCGCUCUGGCAAAGGCCAGGGGGCGGGCCGCUUCACCCAGCGCAAGCGCCAGGUGUCAGAGUCUGUCGCCAAGACCAUCACCUCCAAUCACAACACGUUGCUCAAGAUGUUGUCUUCCAUGCAGGGCGAGGUGGCAAAACAAUCCAGUGCCAUCGAGGGCCAGGUUCAAUCGGCGAUUGCCCCCAGGCUCGACUCGCUCAACAGGCGCCUCCAAGCCCAGCUCGACGAGCAGAAGCGCAGCAUCGACGCGCUGGAGGGCCGAGCUGACGAGCAUGACAAGUCCAUCCAGGAUCUUCAAGACCAGCUGGCGGAGCUACGUCGUCAGAUGGCCGUCGCUGAACAGACACCCAGGAAGCAGCUGGCUGCUCCCACCUCCUUCGACCGCGAGGAGGACACCACGAUCGUCGUUGCCGUCUCGCAGCGACCGACUACCCUGGCAUCAGUGGUCUCAUCGCUGCGCCCGUGGCUCGGCGAGAUUGGCUUUGAUGAUGAACAGUAUGAGAUCAAGCAGAAGGGCGAGUCCCCGGCCAGGAAGUUCGAGAUCUGCUUCUCGGGCUCGGCCACCAUCGCCUCGCGCCGUGCCAGCAAGACCACCUCGCUCCUCAAGGGACCCGAUGGCUGGAAAGAGUUCUGGGUCGACCCUCCAGGCGCCGAGCGUUGCCGUUUGCACCUGGGCCCCGACAAGUCGCCCAAGCGUAUCAAGACCGAGGUCACCCUGCGCAAGGCCAGGGCGAUCGUCGAGCUGCAAUACCCUGGCAAGCGAUUCUACUCCGACCGCGAGCAUGGCGUCCUCUCCAUUGGGUGGGACAAGAUCAUGCACGUCAAUGUCUUCCACGGCGACACCCCGCCCAAGAUCUACUGGGACUCCGCGCAGCUUGCCAAGCACGCCAUGGCUAUCGACACGCUUCGCAAUGCUGUCAAGGAGGUGCACCAGGACCACUUCCAGCUCGACUCGUUCUUCAGAUCGAUCGCGUCAGGCCUCGCGAUCCACUCCAGCUUCAUCUCCGACGCAGAUGACGGGCAUCGGCGGGGUGGGGUUGCUGUGGUGCUCCCGCCGUUGGCUUGUCAGGGCUUCUCCGCUCCGUCGUCAUCCUCCACUGUCCUGGUACCUGGCCGAGCGAUGCUAGUCCGUGUUUGGGAUGACUGCCGCACGCUCGACAUCUUCAACAUUCACAAUCAUGGUCUGUCCGCCCAGCAAGUUCGCGAAGUGGCUGCCGCGAUGCGAGUAUCGCAACGCGCUGCUGCCCUCGACCCCGACAUGUACACCACCUUUGUCCUCGGGGACUUCAAUUUUGCCACGCACGAGGCUCUCGCGCUCACUGCCCCCGCGGCGGCCGUGCGCAAGCUGUCGAAGUGCCACCACGUGCAGGCGCCCAAGUGGCGCCAGGCCCUCGCCCUCCUGACCGAGAUUGCGUGCGAGGACCCCACGCACUACGAGAAGUUCAACGACUCGUGCGCGACGAUCGACCGCGUCUUCUGCUCGAUCACGGGCUGGCAGCUCUGCCAGUUGCAUGUCCAGAUUGGCACGCUUGGCACGCCGGCGGCUGUCUUUGACAAAAAGAUCUCUGACCAUGCUGCCGUUGUUCUCUCGCUCGCCUGCCGCCCGCCUCGACCUGUGGAGUCCCGCCCCAUUCCCAAACACCUGUUCUCGGAGCCUGGUUUCAAGCGGCGCCUGGAGGGGCUAUGCUCCUGCAUCCCGUGGGACUCCAUGUCGCCCCCGUUCAAGGUUGAAAAGUACAAGGAGCUUUUGAAGAUUUCGGCCGCGGAGACCAGGGACACCCUCUUUCGGGACAGGCCGCAUCACCCGCACACCUGCCUCCUGCUCGCUCGUGCUCUGGCCCGUGUGGUUUGGAGGCAAGACCUGCGCAUGGCUGCCGGGCUCCAGGACUCCCACCCCCUGGCCAUUGACAUGAUAUCGAUUACCGACGGGAAGGUCGAGCUCCGCCACCCGCCGUCCUUCCAGGCUUGGGUCGACCAGGUCCAGACUGAGGCUGCUGAGUCCGCGAAGGUUCGAGUCCUGGGCCUCAGGAACUGUGACCUGAAGCUCAUCUCAUCCACCGUCAAUCGGGCGAUCCGACCUGCCCUGGUAUCCCUCGCCCCGCCGUGCCAGCGUGGAUUCAUACCGGGUAGGAAUUUCGGCAACAACAUCCUCGAGCUCGACGUGUCGAGUCGUCAGAUGUCGGUCGUACCUCACGGGUCUACCGAUAUCCCCGUGCUGUAUUCCUUGGACUUCGGCCAGGCCUUCCCGUCUCUGAAUCAGGACUUCCUCAUUCUCUCCCUUAGGGCCCUCAAGCUGCCCGAAGCAUUCGUGUCCUUCGUCACGUUCCUAUAUGCAUCGGUGGAAGGGGUUGUCUCGCACCUAGGUUCGCUAGUGCACAUCUUCUGGAUCCAGAGCGGCAUCAUCCAAGGUUGUGCCUUAUCGGGCACUCUCUAUGCGUUGAGUACGGCUGUCUUCUUGGUCGACCUGGCCUCUCGGGUGGAGGCCGCUGGCCUUGGCCUGGUUCGGGCCUGUGCUGACGACAUUGGGGGCACGUUAUUGGCCAUACGGCACCUAGUUCAUGUGUAUCGGGUUAUGCAGAUGGCCUCGGACAUGGCCAACCUCGCCCUGAAGGUCUCGAAAUGCAAGAUUGUCCCGCUGUCUGACAGGUUCUCGCCCGACCUCUCAGCCACAGUCUCCUUCUGGGUCUCCCAUCUGGUCCCCGAGUGGAGCUCGUUCGAGGUGGCUCCCAAGCUGCUCUACCUGGGCCUCUGGCUGGGGCCUGCUGUUGUUCCGUCCACUUGUUGGAUUGACCCCGUCGCCAAAUUGCGUCUCAGGGCCCAAGCCAUCGGGCGGGGAACCACUCCUGCCAGCCUUUCCGCUACACUGUGCAAUACUCGGGCCGUCACGACCAUAUCUUACGUUGCCCAAUUCUGCUGGCCGCCAUCGUCAGUGUUGCAGCCUGAGUUGGCGACGCUCGCGCAGGUGUUCCGCAUCCCGCUCGGCACUUUCGCCCUCGACUUCUGGACGCAGAUCGCUCAGUGGGGCGGCCCGCGCUGCACGCGGUGGGGGCACCUGGCCGUCGCCACCAUCACUCGAGCUGCGCUGCACACUUUCCCAGGCUGGGAGAGGCUCCUCCAGCAGUUGCGGGACCACGCGCGCUCCGCCCCGUACGAUGCCACCCUGUCCAUGCUGGCGACCGGCAAGCCGUACCCGUCCUUCUGGUUGGCCCCUGCCUUUGUGGAGAAUUUGGCGCUGGCCGCCGCUGGCACCCCUCCCCCUGGCCCGCUGGCCGUCUUUGGUGCUCGUGCUGCCGACGCUGCGCUGGCUGAACUUCGUGAGAGCGGCCGACCUCGUCCUCGACCUCAGAGAGCUGCUCACGAAGCGCUGCGGGCCUUUGCGAUGCUGAACAAGCCCAUCACUGACCUCUUCGUGCUCCGCCUGAGGAAGUUCGCUGGCAGGUCGGCGGGCCUCCUUCCGAACAUCGACUGGGGCGAGUGCAAGAGCGUCCUCGCCCGCUGCCCGUGCUCGUGGGCCAUGGCCGUCCUGCGCACUUGGUCUGAUGGCUGGAUGACUUCGGCCCGUAUCAUCUCACCUGACGGCCAGAAGCACUGCGUAUUUGGUUGUCUAGGCAAACUCGACUCGUUGAGGCACUACGCGAGAUGCCCUGUCAUGCACCGUGCCCUUCGGCAGGCUCUCGCGAGACCGUUCCCGCUCCCGUGGAUGACAAGAUGGGGCCUUUCUGAACCCUCGCUGGCCACCUUCUCGGCGAUGGCUGCCGCAUACAGCAUGUACAACGAAGCGAGGCUGGCCCCCGUGUGGCCCCUGUCCCCGCCCCUCCUCCGCAGCUGUGCUCUCGCUGGUGUACGUUCGAUGCAGCUCGCGUCACCGCUCAAGUGCUCGGAGAUCGACCGCGAGCAGCUCGGCCGACGGGGCGGCCCCAUCUACAUCAAUGACUUCGAGAACUUCACGGAUGGCGCCCGCCUGCUCAUCAAUUUCGCCGCCGGCCCCAAUUUCGCCCUCCUCUUGUGUGACGCCCUCCCCACCAGUGACGCUGUCGUCUACGGGUUCGUAUGCCUCGUCGCCUCCCAUCGGUACGGCGUCGGCAUCUCUUGGGACGAGAGCCACACGGUGGUGGACAUUGACCUGCAGGCCGUGGUGGUGAACGACAAGGGGCAGAUCAUACCCUGA